AACAACAAUAGUAUAUCCAACGACAAUGUCUGCGCGGAUUGCUUCAGAUAUUGAGAUGAAAGAUGCAGAUGCCAAGAGUACUAUAUCGUCUUCAAAGCACCAAGACGAUGGAAUGCCAUAUGUUCACAAGGUGGGGAAGCCCCCGAAGCAAGAUUUAUUAAAAGAAAUAAAAACUGGCCUCAAAGAAACGUUUUUUUCAGAUGACCCGUUUAAGCCUUUCAAAAACCAGCCCAGGAAGAAAAAACUUGUCCUUGGGUUACAAGCCCUUUUCCCCAUACUCAAAUGGGGUCAAGAGUAUAGUUUUUAUAAGUUCAAAGGCGAUUUCAUGGCCGGAUGUAGCAUUGCAAGUCUUUGUAUUCCACAGGAUAUUGCUUAUGCGAAACUAGCAUAUUUGGAACCUCAGUAUGGACUGUACUCGAGCUUUGUCCCGCCUAUUAUAUAUGCUCUCAUGGGUAGCUCGAGAGAUAUUGCAAUUGGAGCCGUGGCAGUGGUAUCUCUUUUGCUUGGAACUAUGGUUCGAAGUGAGUUUGAUCCAGUGAAACAAAAACAUGAAUAUAUGCGUCUUAUGUUCACUGCAACAUUCUUUGCCGGAGUCACUCAAGCUGCACUUGGGUUUUUCAGAUUAGGCUUUCUAAUCGACUUUUUGUCUCAUGCCGCUAUUGUUGGGUUCAUGGCGGGAGCUGCUGUUUCUAUCUCGUUUCAGCAACUCAAAGCGUUGCUUGGCAUCAAAAAAUUCACAAAAAAGACUGAUGUUAUCUCUGUCAUGCGUUCUGUGAUUCACUCGGCGCAUCAUGGAUGGAACUAUCAAACCAUACUGAUAGGAGUUUCCUUCUUAAUCUUCCUUUUGGUUGCAAAGUACAUUGGCAAGAAGAACAAGAAGCUAUUUUGGGUUCCAGCAAUAGCUCCAUUACUUUCCAUCAUUCUGGCGACAUUUUUUGUUUUUAUCACUCAUGCAGAACGCGACGGGGUCCAAGUUAUAAAUCAUAUCAAGAAAGGAAUCAAUUCUCCAUCAGCACAAGAAAUAUACUUCAGUGGGCCAUAUGUUGUCAAAGGUCUCAAAAUCGGGGCUGUUGCGGGCUUACUCGGACUAAUGGAAGCUAUAGCAAUUGGGAGAACAUUUGCUGGAUUGAAAGGCUAUCAGCUAGAUGGAAACAAAGAAAUGGUAGCACUAGGCUCCAUGAACAUCGUUGGUUCGUUAACCAGCUGUUAUGUCGCGACAGGGUCAUUUUCUCGAUCAGCCCUCAAUUGCAUGACAGGAUGUCAUACCAUGGUGUCCAAUAUCGUGAUGGCUAUAAUCGUGAUGCUAACUCUCUUGUUCAUCACUCCUUUGUUUAAGUACACCCCAAAUGCUAUAUUAGGAUCGAUCGUUAUAUCAGCUGUCCUUGGUCUCAUUGACAUUGACGCGAUGGUCCUGUUAUGGAAGGUUGAUAAGUUUGAUUUCAUAGCAUGUAUGGGUGCCUUUUUUGGUGUGGUUUUCGGCUCAGUUGAGAUAGGCCUUCUUGUUGCGGUUGCCAUAUCUUUAGGCAAAAUUCUUCUACAAGUAACAAGACCUCGGACUGCGCUGCUUGGGAAGAUCCCGAGGACGAGCGUUUACAGGAAUGUGGAUCAGUAUCCAGGAGCAGAAAGGGUCCCCGGUGUGUUGAUAAUUAGAGUGGAUUCGGCUAUCUACUUCUCAAAUUCCAACUACAUCAAAGAGAGGAUAUUGAGGUGGCUAACAGACGAGGAAGAACAGUUUAAAGACGAACCAAGAGUGGAAUAUCUGAUAGUCGAUAUGUCACCUGUUACUGAUAUUGAUACCAGUGGCAUUCAUGCCUUGGAAGAACUGCUCAGUAGUCUCCAAAAGAAAGAUAUUCAGCUAAUUUUAUCAAAUCCAGGACAAACUGUACUCGACAAGCUACAUGCAUCUAAAUUUGCAGAUCAUAUUGGCGAAGAUAAGAUCUUCCUAACCGUUGCUGAUGCAAUUCUAACGUUCGCCCCCAAAUUUGAACAAGCAUAA